AUGUUUGGCGCAAACUCCAUUAUAAAAAAAAAGUCACCUACGGAGUACUCUAGUACUCAACUUCAUCAUUCUGCCCCACGUGUAACACACACCUGGUACUUUCGGUGGUCGGCGUCUUCUCAAAAGCCACUAGUCCCAAUUCAUAUUCUGCGAACAGGCAAAAAAUUAUCACCAAAUUCACGUCGACCACGCAUUAAUCCUAUCGCAAAAAUGGAUGCAUCAAAGGUCCCCGUCAAGCUCGUUAAGGUCACCCGUGUUUUGGGCAGAACCGGUUCCCGUGGAGGUGUUACUCAAGUCAGAGUCGAGUUCAUGGACGAUACCACCCGUUCCAUCAUCCGUAACGUCAAGGGCCCAGUCCGUGAAGACGACAUCCUCUGCUUACUCGAAUCUGAGCGUGAGGCUAGAAGAUUGAGAUAA